AUGGCCGAAGCAAUACUGAAUUCGAGUUAUCAAGGCAGAAAAGCUGCCACUUACGAAGAAUUUACACAAAGCAGUGGCACCCCGGAUCCGGAUAAUGUGAAUAUCAUUGGAUCCGACAUCAAACCGAGUUCCUCGACCAACUACGUAGAAGUUUCCUUUAAACAAUCUUCCAAACUUGUGUACACAUCACACAUCAAACUCGACCAGGAAGUAGUCAUCGUGAUCCACGGAUACGAAUCCAAUGCUGAUGAGGUGUUCAUUGUAAACAUUAUAGAAAGCUUAAUAGAAACCUUCGGUGAUAAUAAAAGCUACUGCGCCUUAAAUUGGAAGGUAGAAGCAUCGGCUUAUAUUGGUCCCAUAGCUCAGCCUAUCAAGAAAUUGUUAGGGAUCAAACUUUUGGGAAUAGAUUAUUUUCCAGUUUCACUUAUAGCUGCUGGGGUUGGCAGUGACUUGGGAAAAGCUUUAUUAGAACUGAAGUCAAGUGGUGUGCAAAUGAACAACAUUUAUUUGAUGGGACAUUCAGAAGGCGCACACUUGGCUGGAGCAGCAGGUCGGGUUGUUAUAUCGUCUGAAGACCUCAUUGGAAGUAACACUGGUUCAUUUUAUUUGUGUACAAAUGCUGAACCCAUAUACGGCAAGGGACGCGAAGGAGUAGAUCCAGCAAAUUGCGUCUGCCAAUCUACAUAG